AUGGCAUUAUUCUUAAUGUUCGUAAACGCGAUACCGACGGUGAUUGGUACCGCUGAAGCACUAGAUGUGCAGAAAAAGGAAGAUUUGGCUCAGAAGCAUAAAGCAAAGUUCUUUAUGACAGCAAAUUUUGCUUUGGAUGGAAAAGUUGCCCAUGAAAAGGAAGCACAAGUUGUCCUACGCGAUAAUAGGAUGUAUCUAAAUCACCCAGAUGCGCCAAAGGAAGGACAUCGAUUUUGCGGGUACUAUUUCAUGUAUCCAGGCACUGAAGAACAUGGAUUGGUUUCGACGAUUCAGGAUAAUCCUCCGAUGCUAAAUUGGAUAUACGUCGACUCCAAUACUCUCGAGGUACGAUAUGGCGGUCGGGGAGAUACAGUAGGAAAUUUAGCACAUCCGUGGGAAUGGUCGGAGGAUGAAGUGAAUUUGACAUUGGAAGAAGAUGAGGGAUUUGUUGCCGUGGAAGUUGAGCCUAGAUUAUGGCAAAUAUAUUUUGAUAGGAACGGGGAUUUCUCCGGCCUGCCCAAAGGAAAGAAAAUUCAAGAAGUUUGCUUGCUUAGACGGAUGAUGUGUGGCUGGAAUAGUCAACUUGUACCAGCCGAUAAGAAAAAGGAGGGGGGUUGA